UGGACAGUUGGCGCACGUUAGCGAGGUUUUCUCUCCUACCGGACCUGGCAGGUUGGACUCGCUAGCGUGAGUUUAGCCGAGCUUGUUUGGUCGUGCUUUCUUCGCUUUUUGAGGGAAAAAAAGCUCUCGUAUAUCGGAUGAAAUCUCGUCCAUGUCUCCAUCCCAGUGCUGAUAAGGGCCUCUGCUGGCAAACUGCGUCACCGAGUGGGCGCUGCAGGUAUUCGUCUGUACAUCUGCGUGUUGGGAAGUCUAGCCAUGGCACGAAUGACCUGGAAACCAAAGUGACUGAACUUUUAAAUCACCAUGGAGCCGGGGUCUAGUUCAACCUCCGAGGCUCACCAGGAGCCGAAAUAUCCUUCUGUGCCCAACUCUCAAUGUGAACUGGCCGUGAGCAUGUAUGAGGCCUUGGGUGAUGGAAAUGUCAAUCUUGUGGACUCAGUUGUAAGAGGUGGGAGUGACCCCAGCGCAUACCCUUCCUCUAGUUAUCAGAGGAAUGUGCAUCAGAGAUUCAUCAGAAGAAGUCUGUGGUUUUCAGAUGCGGAUGAGCAGGCCUUCGAAGCUCCUGAAUGCGAUAACAGGAGUAAGGUUGUAAACAUAAACCUGCGAACAAUAGUGGACAGGACACGGGGGACUAGUUGUGGGAUACAGGAGGGUUCCAGCACUGAAAGUCAAGCUGGGCACAAAGACAGCGCAACAGAGAGUGCCAGUGCUGACGAGGACAAGGAGAAACGAGGAGAUGCAUUAAAUGUGACAUGUAGCGAUGGUGGUAAAGCUGCCAUCAAGACAGCAAGUGAGGAGAAUGAGGAGGAAGCAGAGAUGAAAGCAGUCUCCACAUCUCCCGGAGGAAGGUUCCUGAAAUUUGACAUCGAGUUGGGAAGAGGGUCCUUCAAGACGGUCUACAAAGGCUUGGACACUGAGACCUGGGUGGAGGUGGCCUGGUGUGAGCUGCAGGACCGUAAGCUGUCAAAAGUGGAACGCCAGCGCUUUAAAGAGGAGGCAGAAAUGCUAAAGGGUCUUCAACAUCCUAACAUUGUCCGGUUCUAUGAUUUCUGGGAGUCGCCGCUUAAAGGAAAGAAAUGCAUUGUUUUAGUAACAGAGCUCAUGACUUCAGGAACGCUAAAAACCUAUUUGAAGCGUUUUAAGGUAAUGAAGCCCAAAGUGUUGAGGAGCUGGUGCAGACAGAUCCUGAAAGGCCUCCACUUUCUCCAUACCAGGACACCUCCCAUCAUUCAUAGAGAUCUCAAAUGUGAUAACAUCUUUAUUACUGGACCUACAGGGUCAGUGAAGAUAGGGGAUUUAGGACUGGCAACGCUCAAGGCAGCUUCCUUUGCAAAGAGCGUCAUAGGCACUCCAGAGUUCAUGGCUCCAGAGAUGUACGAGGAGCACUAUGAUGAGGCUGUGGAUGUCUACGCCUUCGGCAUGUGUAUGCUCGAGAUGGCCACCUCAGAGUAUCCCUACUCUGAGUGUCAGAAUGCUGCUCAGAUUUAUCGCAAAGUCACCAGUGGGGUGAAGCCAGCCAGCUACAACAAGGUCGUGGAUCCUGAAAUCAAGGAGAUCAUUGGGGAGUGUAUCUGCCAAAAGAAAGAGGAGCGGUACACCAUUAAGGACCUCUUGAACCAUGCUUUCUUUGCUGAGGACACUGGUGUGAGGGUGGAGCUAGCGGAGGAGGAUGAUGGGAAAAAGGCCUCAAUAGCUCUCAAACUAUGGGUAGAGGACCACAAGAAGUUAAAAGGGAAAUACAAAGAGAGUGGAGCUAUUGAGUUCACGUUUGACCUAGAGAAGGAGGUCCCUGAGGUUGUGGCACAAGAAAUGGUGGAGUCUGGCUUCUUCCACGAGAGUGAUGCAAAGACUGUGGGAAAGUCGAUCAGGGAUCGUGUUGCACUGAUCAAAUGGAGAAGAGAGAGAACAGCGUCUGCUGCAGUUCCAGUGAAUCUGGGUGACGAAGGACACAGACUCCAGAUGACACCAUCUCAGGGCACCACUGCUGGGGCCUCACAUGUAGGACAGCCCCUUUUGCUGGAGCCAGAAGAGCCAGAGGCAGACCAGCACAACAGGCUGCAUAAACUACCAGCCAGUGCCACCUCAGUGACAUCAGACGGCACACUUGAUAGUGGCAUGGGCUCCACUGUGUACUCAGACUCCCACAGCAGCCAGCAGAGUGUCCUCUACCAGUCCCUGCUGGAGCCUAUUACUAUGGCAACACAGCAGGCCAGUUCUGUAGGUCACCAGAAUCAAGCCUCUGUCCAGGGCCUGCCCUCUUCCAGCACAGCAGUGAACACACCACCGCAGUACCUCCAACCUGGACACAGCUACCCUGCUGCUCCAUAUGCUGGUCAACCCAGUGCUGCAACACCAGCUCCAGCCAGUCUAUGUUCAGUCAACAUCCAGCAUGCAGCCAGCGCUUCUAGCUACUCACCUCAACGUGUGCAGCAAACCCAAGCUGUAGCAGGUAUUGCAGCAUCAGCUAUGCCACAACAUGUGGCACAGAGCUACCAAGUACCAGGCCACCAACAGCAGCAGGCUGCAGCCACAAGCUCUUUGAUGUAUCCUUUGCAAAUCCAGCAAACUUGCCAAAACUCUGUGGCCCCAGUUCAAGAAGAGGCUCAGUCUGCAUUAGGAUAUCCUGCAUCAGUCAAACAACAGAAUGCAGCAAACACCCUGCCAGCACAGCAGCCAGCUCAAAGCUGCCCUCUUGCUUCUGUACCUCCAGUUAUGGCAGCCACAGUUCAAUGUCAACCUGCACAAGCUCCCAGCGCACUGCAGCAGGUCCAAGCCACAGUCAAACUGCCCAGUCAGCAGCCUGGUCAAAGCUCCUCCACACCAGCACUUUACAGUCAGCAAAUGUCCUUUCAGCAAGAGCACCAACAGCCCUUACAACAAAAUACACAAUCCAGUGUACAACAUGUGCAAAAUACCGGUCAGGCAUAUAUUCAGCCUCAACUCCAGCAUUGCCAAGAAACCAUGCAUACCAUACACCAACAAAUGGCACAACAGCCCGCCCUCCAGUCUCAAAGUUUUCAUUGUUCUACACAGCAACAAGUACAAACCCCACCACUGCAGCAGCACAGUCAAACAGCCGUGCAGACAGUGAUUCCACAGCCAUGUCAGGAUGCAUCUCAGUAUCAGCCCCAUCCCACAGCAACCCAAGUUGCAGCCAAACAUCAGAGUUACCCUGCUGCAGGUGCACCAGAUGCUGUCUCUCAGAGCCAUGUGCAGUCUGCCCACCAUCAGAAUGCUCUAGGUCAGAGUCAGUACCUACCUGCUCAAUCUGUUGCUGCCCCAGAGAAUUAUGGAGGAGCUAACAGGGUAGUGACUCCUCAGAACCUUCCCAAUUCUUCCCAGCAAAGCCAGGCUGCACAUAUCACUCAACAGAACAUCCCUUCUGGUCAGAUCAUUUCACAGCAUGGACAGGGCCAUGGACAGAAUAUCAGCCAGCCAGCUUCCAGUGUGCCAGAACAGGCACUUCUUCCUCAGCAGUUACUGAAUCAGACAACUGUCCACCAACAACUGCAACCGUUGCAGAUUUCAACCUCGCUCCCACCAUCGCACAAGUCCCAGUUUCCUUCACAGUAUCCCACAGUCCAGGUGAUGCCAGCUGUGACUGACUGUGAAUCCUCCUACCCUCACUCCUGCACUGCUCCUCAACUUUCAAUCUCCUCUUCUCUAAAUCACAUCUUCCUUUCUCCUGGACAUGCUCUCCCUGUAACCCCGUCUGUCUCGCCCCUCUCUCCCUUGCACAUUGAAAACACAUUAGUUUCACCCAUCCCAGUGUCCCUCAUACCUUCCCCCUCACUUGUGCUGGGUAAGGUGGAACCCACAUCCCCACAACACCAACCCCCUGCUGUUCUGCAGCAGAGUGCUAGGGCUGAGACUUCUCAUGCUCAAUCUGCAUUUAUAUCAGCACUAAGCUCCCUGCCCAUACACACACACACCGCCCCGUGUCAGAACACACACCCUUCCAUAAAUGGCAGCACUAAGCCACUGAUACAGGUUCCUCAGCAAGCCCAGACCAGCCAUCCUGAGCUUGUCUCCUGUACUCAACCAGGCCAGCAUGCUCAGCUCGCACAACCUGCAACCUUUUCCUCACCUGUGCUCAACGGGACAGACCUGGGCACAGCCACAACGGCUUCCCAGCUGGACAGCAUAAGCCCAUGCCAGCUGCCCCCACAGGCCCAGCCCCAGAGUCGGGUUCAAAGCCAAAUUCCUGUGCUGCAGUCCUCUGAUUCUCAGAGAACAUCAUCUGGGUCUGCCAGUUCCAGUUUGACUCAGCAGAAACCACUCAGUACUCACACAGGAGCUGCUGGUCAGGCUCCAACAGAGAUGAACACAGAGGAUCAAGUUGCAGAGAAACACACUGGAGGACAAAGCUAUGACAGUGUCAACUCUGAUGCCAUGUCAGGAAAGGAGAUGAGUGAUGGUUAUGAAGGGACACAUGGAGGUAAAGGUGACAGCAAAGUCCGUAAACAUCAUCGCAGAUCCACACGCACUCGUUCUCGACAAGAGAAGAUUAGCAGACCAAAGCUUAGCAUGCUCAAUGUGUGUAACACUGGGGAUAAGAUGGUAGAAUGUCAGCUGGAAACUCAUAACCAUAAAAUGGUCACUUUCAAAUUUGACCUGGAUGGAGAUGCACCCGAAGAGAUUGCUACAUACAUGGUUGAGAAUGAUUUCAUUCUGCCUCUGGAGAAGGAAGUCUUCAUUGAACAGCUGAAAGACAUUGUAGACAAGGCUGAGGACAUGCUGAGUGAGGACACAGAGGGUGAGAGGAACUCUGACCAGGGAUGCAGCCCCAAACAGAGUGAAGGAGCUGGUAUACUGGGAACAGAGGCUUCUACUCCCAGCACCCCACAGCUUGUGUACCAACAAAAUGUCCUCCACACUGGUAAGCGCUGGUUUAUCAUCUGCCCUGUGGCUGAAACACCCAUGCUUGACAAAGAGAAUACUUCAUCACACUCCUCUGCAGCCCAGGAAUCUGAAAAGUCUGGCUCAUUGUCAGUCAGGCCCAACAGCAACACAGCUGCAGUGACUACCCCAGUCGCAUCUUUAUCUUCUCAAAGCCCGUCCUCUUGUCUGCCCACUGCAGCUCAGACUUCAGUGCAGCCUUCGGACCAAAUCACUGGCAAACCCCGGGUCCAGCAGACCCAGCCCUGUGUAAAUAAACAUUCCCAUGCUGCUGGUGGCGUGAGCCAUCAAAACUCCCUUCCUGUGGAAGAACCUUGCAUUUCUGCUGUCUCUAUGGUCACAGAUAUGCCAUGCUGUGCUAUUGUUCCACCUGUCUCUCUGGAUGUGAAUGCCUUUGAUAAAGUAGCAGCUGGUGGUUUGGUCUCAUCUCAAACUAAUCAACCAGUUCAGAAGGCCAGCCCAACUGGAGAACUACCCCCUCAGCUGGCCUCCCAUCAGUCUGUGGUCCUGCAGCAACCCUAUGCCACACCCAUGCAGCCUGGGACAGUGACCUCCCAGCCCCAGAGUCCAGCGCAUCAGACCUCCCAGAACUCCCAGUCGUCCAACCAACAGCAGAGUGGGGGGCCAGGAGAGUCGGACAGUGAGGGGCCACGCAGGGUGGAGUUUGUUGACCGCACCAUCAAGACCUUGGAUGAGAAGCUGAGAAACCUGUUAUACCAAGAGCACACUCCCUCCCAGCCCUCCAGCACUACAUCUGAGCCCCAGGCUUCCAAUACAGAAGGAGUCAGCUCCCCUCCAGUCCCAGACAGCCAGAGCACUGAAGGACCACUUACAAAGAAGAAAGGGGAACCACUGCCUCAGAUUCCUGAGCGCACAGAUAGUGUGGGUGCAUUAAGUGACUCUGCAGUGGCAGCCACAAACAGCGGUUUGAACAAAAGAGAUGUGACGACUGGCUCCAGUUCUUAUAGCUCCAAAAGCCGUUUUCAAAUCAUCCCAACUCCACCGGAUGUCAUUUGUCGUUUGGAGAAAAGCAAGACAAGCUGCAGCACCUGCAGUUCCCCAGCACCCUCUAGUGGUUCUGGAGGUUCUCACAGCCAGACCCAAAGCACGAGUCUGAGAGAGAAGGGCAGUGCAGCUGUGCGCACAUCCUCUGUGACAGCUGGAGCUGACGAUGAGAAUGCAGGAACAUCCAAAUCUCACAACAGCAACCGUUACUCUGCCCCACCGAACUUCUACCAGGCUACACCUACCUCUAGUCCUGAUGCCACCCCACGUCAUAUCCCCCGGGCCCAGACCAUUGACACUUCAACCCAUCACCACUAUCACCACUCGUCUCACCUCUACUCUGACUCAGCAGAUGAGGACAGCAGCAGCAUAGCCCCUCCUCCAGCUCAUCCUGCUCCCCCACCUCAUACCCUGUCUGAGCACAGUGGAAGUGACCUCAUGAAGAGGGCGGUUGCCUUCUUGCGCAGGUCUGGUAGGAGCAAAAGUGAGCAGAGCUCUGAUUCACCAAGCCGACAGCCGGUGACAAUGAAUGGUCACACUCCUCCUUCUGCUGGACAUGCCCACUCAUCCUACAUCAGCAGUGACAAUGACUCAGAGUUUGAGGAUGCAGAUAUGAGGAAAGAACUGCAGAAACUUCGGGAAAAACACAUGAAGGAGAUUUCUGAGCUGCAAGCAUUCCAAAGGAGUGAGAUUGAGAGUCUGUACAAGGAUCUGGGAAAAACUCUGCCACCCAAUGUCAGCCUUCUGCAUGCUGCACCCCCAACUGGUCGUAGGCGCAGGGCCAGCAAACACAAGCUGAAAGCUGGAAAACUGCUCAACCCGAUGGUGCAGCAGCUCAAAAACAACCUCAAUGCCACUAGCAUUGAGAGGAAAGGUGAUAGCGGUGCCAGUUCAUCCGGCUCCCCGGCUAAAAGCUCAGUUCUGUCAGAUGGCUCUGCCCACUCCAGUGGCAGCUCCAGCUCUGGCAAUCGGCUUAGCACCGCCCCAGAGCAGGUCCACACACAGCAACCCUGUUCCUUGAAGGGCUCUUUCUCCUCAGACAAUAUCUAUGCUGGGCUUCAUGGUGAUGGAACGGCCAACCAAGCUGGCCCCGGCCAAGGCUGGACGGUUUACCACCAAACGUCAGAGAGAGUCACCUAUAAAUCUAGUAGCAAACCACGCACUAGAUUCCUCAGUGGACCUGUGUCUCUGUCCAUCUGGUCCACUCUGAAACGACUAUGUCUAGGCAAAGAGCGCAGUAGUAGGUCCUCUCUCAACACCACCACCGCUCAGACAGCCUCCAGUCAGACGCAGCCGUCACUCACAGCUGCCACACCCUCGCCCUCUCCUCAACCAAUCACACGGCUCGCUCAGGUCCAGACCAACAACAGCAACAACAAGAGAGGCACAUUCACGGACGAUCUUCACAAACUGGUGGAUGACUGGACAAAGGAGACUGUAGCGGCAGCGAGUCAGCCACGACCCUCCCUGAACCAGAUAAAACAGCAGAGACGCCAGCAGGACCUGGAAGGCAGACCGCCACCUAUGGGAGCAGUUCCACGUGAGAUGAAAUGCCAUGUUGGUCCCAGCAAGUUCCAGCUGCCACUUUCAUGCCCCCUGACUGCUGCUUUAGGCCCUGGUAUGCCUGCAUCUCUAGCUCCAAAGUCCUCAGCAAUGCUCUCUCCUGGUUACCUUCUGCCAGUAGGCUCCUAUGGUGGAAUGGUUCCCGGUCCUCUUUACGCCCAGCAGUGGACUGGCAUGCCUAGUCCUGUAGGGUCUGCAGUUCCAGUAGGCUUGCUUGGUGCUGCGCGAAUGAUGCCCUAUGCUACGAUGGCAAACCCAGGGAUUCAAGCCUACCCUCUGGUCAUGCACAACCCUGAGAAUGGCCCCUGUUCAAAAACCACGAGGACUACCUGAUCUGCUAAGUGAAGUUAGUUAGUGUGUGCGUGCAGGACAGUCCAGCUCCACUCUGCUCUGUUCAUCAGAGCCACACGUGUACAUAGUCCGGUCUUGUAAAUAACAUGAGCAAGUGUUGAUAUCGUUUAUACACUGCAUAUAUCUGUAGUAAAUUGUGUGUGUGUCCGUAUGAGCGUAUACUAUACAGUACAUGUUAAGUGAGUAUGUCUGAAUGCCUAACGCUUUUUGGUUUUGGUCUUAACAGCCAUACGAGACAUUUUAUCUGCUGUCACAAAAAACAUAUUUCACGUUAUUCUUCAUUACAGCAGUUUUCACAUUGCUUUUGCCUUUCUGUGUUGCAUAUACUUUCUAAACACUACAUUGGAAUCCAAAUACCAGUGGCUUGAGACGCAGUAACAGGACAGUAUUUAUGAUGAAAAUAUUUGAAGGAAUGUAGUGCCUUGAACAUUGAUUUUAUUUUUUCUUUUGUGAAACAAAGCAUGUCUGCAUCCAAGUUUUUUAUUUGACGGUAGCUUGAGUGCAGUCUUUUUUUUUUUUUUUUUAAAUGCAUUGCAGACAACUUUGUUUUUGGUUUACAUAUGAAUGCCCUUGUAGUACUGCACUAUUAACACAGUAUAUAGUCUUAUUUAAAUCCUGUUUUAACUCUUGUUUACUUUCCACCCCUGUGACAGAUGGAAUGCCAUAGUGGUGAGAUGUACCGAUGCCUUGCAGAAACAAAUGGUUAAUGUACGACUGAUGAGGGAAGGAAAAAUAAAACGCCAGCAGCCAAAAUCCACUCAUUCAGGUCAAAUGGUUCAGCUGGACACGGCCUCUUUUUGAUAGGACGACAGAUGCGUAGCACAGCACCAGAGCUGUCAGUGUUGUAGCCUUGUGCUUAGAGGAAAGGCGGUGUCCAGAGCCAUACAUACUGUACAUAGUUCUUUCUACAGUAUAUGCCUCUGAUAGUGUUCUGAUCAGAAUGUAGCAAUUAAUAGGUGAAGGCUUGAGGCUCAAAAGUGCAAUUCAACCCCUCCGCAAAGCUUUGAUCGUGGCCUUGCCACAAGCCUUAUCUCUGACGUGUGCAACAGGAGCAAGCUGAAAAAUUGAACAACAUUACAAAUCACAAAGCACCAGACAGUAAUUACCAGGAAAAGUAUAAAUAUUACAAUCCACCCAGCAAACUCUGAAUUCACUAUUGCUAAAUGUUCUUUCAACUUGGCUCGUACUCAGCAUACACUGUAUGUAAAAUUUUCUGUGCAAUCACCAGUUAAGGCUGACGUUUUAACUUAUUCGAUGUGUAAAGCUUGAUUUUUAUUUUAUUUUUUUUGAAUGCUGCUAUUGUGUGUCAAGGUGAUUCCACUGCAUAGUCAAGCAUUCUGCUCACAUAAGAUGGUACUUCAAAACAAGAUAAGAGUCCUCAAAUUAAAUUAACAAAUGAAAUGCUCACAAAGCAGUGUUAUUGCCUUGUUGAAAUUUUGAUGUCUUGAUUUCACAGGUCGUUUUUAAAGACAGCCUUUUUUUCAUUUUCUUUUCAAUAAUAUAUUGCAAAAUUCAAAUGAUACUUGAUGUGGGAGAUUUGCACAACAUAUGGUCUCCCUUUAUUCUAUGUUAGAGUUCCUACACUGUAUAUAAUGGGUUUCACCCGCCUGUACUUUUUUUAUCACUGACAAGCAUGGCCAACUUUUCAUGUUCCACGAAGCAAAGAUAAACAAUACAGCUACUAUGGUUAGAAGUCUCACAUCUCCACAACACAUUUGAAAGAUUUCAGCACCCCAAUCCUGCCAAGCUGUGAACUGUACAGUUUUCUUGUAGUUUGUAUUUGUACAUUUCGUUUGUUUGACUGUUGAGGGGUGGCGGUGGAAGAGGGGUUGCUUUGAUGUAUAUUAUUCCAUCAAUUCGGUUUGAAUUGGACUUUUAUAGGAUAUUAUGCAGAGUCUUCUGCUUUGGUGAAAUACUUCCAGUAGUAAGAGAUUUCUGUUCUCUGUCACUUGUAUCUGGUAUGUUUUGUUCCACCUCCCUUGCUGCUAACACAUGGAGAGCAGAGGAGGGAACAACUAUAGCUGGCAUAUUCGUUUGGAUGCAGUGAUCAAGCUAGAGGUCUGAAGUGCACAGAGGAGGAGGAGGAGGAGGAGGAAGAAGAGUACUGACUUCUUUUCCUCUGCUAGUCUGUCUUCUCUCUGGACAACAUUGCCCCCUGGUGAAUAUGCUCUGAUUGUCAAAGGCUUGUAUUCAAACUGUGUGGGAUUGCUUUUGCCUGCUCUAUGUCCCACUGCAUUACCCCACCCUAUCCUGCUGCACUCUUAUCACAGACUGUAUGUUGAGAGAGAGAAAUAAAUAUUAUUUUGUGCUUGA